UUUACACUACACUUGUCCAUACGAAGCUACCGAGACUGUUAUUAGUGAUGAACUGAUUACUGACAAGCCGAAAGAUGUAUUUAAAAAAAAUGUCAUCAAAUCACGAUAUAUGGAUUGGGAAAAAGACCGAACGUCUGAAGUAACGAAAGAGCCUGAAAUAACACCUAACCUGGACUGGCAAGAGUAUCAUCGAUUAAGCACAAUACACAAGUUCCUGGAUGAUAUGCAAGAUAAUCAUCCUUCUAUUUGCACUACGGGUGUCAUUGGAUCGUCGCUGGAAAACCGUGAGCUGAAGGUUCUGAAAGUGUCCAACAGUAACGUCGGUAACUCCAGUGUGUGGAUCGACGCCGGCAUUCAUGCGCGGGAGUGGAUCGCGCCCGCCGUCAACACUUAUAUGAUCAACUACAUCGUCAAAAAUUUUGAUGUGCUGCCCGAGUGCAUUACCAACAAGGAUUGGUAUUUUCUUCCAGUAAUGAAUCCAGAUGGCUACGAAUUUUCUCACACUAACUAUCGAAUGUGGCGCAAAAACAAGGCGUUCGUCGGCCAUGAAUGCGUGGGCGUUGAUCUUAACCGAAACUUUAGCUUUGGCUGGGGUGGUAAAGGCUCAUCAGAUGAACCAAAGAGUCCGUUUUACCAUGGUCCUCGUCCAUUUUCUGAACCUGAAUCAAGAGCUGUAAGAGAUAUGUUACAAUCAUCAGGGAUUAACUUUAAAGUAUACAUAACAUUGCACAGCUUCGGAGAAGUUAUUUUAUUUCCAUUCGCUUAUCGGGAUGAGCUCUGCCCAGACUACGUCCGUUUAUUAGAAGGGGCCACUGUGAUGUCAAAGGCGAUCUACGCAGCAAACGGCAACAUAUACAAAGUAGGCAUUUCUCGAGACGUCAUGUAUGGCGCAGCUGGUACCAGCUGCGAUUGGAGCUACGGAGAAGCCAAGAUCCCCUUCUGCUACCUUCUAGAACUUAGAAGCAAGAAGCACAAGUUCAGAUUACCACAGAUUGAAAUAGAAGAGACAGGCAAAGAAAUCCUCAGUUGUGUUAUGGCGUUAAUGAAUUUUGUAGAUAAUUAUGACAUAAAUGGUAAUCUUAUAGAAACGCUUGGCAUCAUCUUUCUAGCAAUAAACAUAUGGAAGGAAGAACGCAGCACAAUGGAUUUUUUCGUGGACAAGCCGCGGGUUGCCCAAGUCGCAUCCAUGCUGCAUGAGAGAGGCAUACCGUUCUCCGUGUCCAUCAGGGAUGUGGAUGAGCUGAAGAGUCGUGAGCAGGGCUCCACGGUCACUGUCAACGUCAGCACCACUGACAAGCCUGGGCAAUCGACUAAGGCGCCGUAUUCUUCAAUACAGUCAAUCUACAAGUGUCUGCCAUUGGUUGACUGUUGUUUACCCGCGAAAAUGGAUCUUCCAGGCGAGUGCAUGAACUGGAAUAGCUACCACGGGCUACGCACUAUUUACGGGUUCAUGGACGAUCUUGCGGCGGCAUACCCAUUUUUAUGCUGUUGCUGUGUCAUCGGGAAGACUGCUGAAGGAAGAGACAUUAAGCUCCUGAAGAUAUCAAAUGGCAAUCCAGACAACAAAUGUGUUUGGGUGGACGGUGGAAUCCACGCGCGCGAGUGGGUCAGUGUCGCCGUGACUACCUACAUCGCCAAUGAAAUCGUUCGUAAUUUCCACGCCAUGCCUGAAUGCAUCACCAAUAAAGACUGGUAUAUACUUGCAGUAAUGAACCCUGACGGUUACGUUUAUACGCACACCACGGAUCGAAUGUGGCGCAAAAACAGAGCGAAAUAUGGACAGUGUGUGGGAGUAGACCUAAAUAGGAACUUCAGCUACGGCUGGGGAGAGUCAGGGGAAGACGGCUCUUCUGAAGACCCUGGCAGCAUAUUCUACCGAGGACCGAAGGCUUUCUCAGAGGCCGAAACUGCGGCAGUACAGAAAGCGAUACUCGAGUCACAAGCAGAGUUCAAGGCGUUCCUCUCGUUUCAUAGCUACGGAGAAGUGAUUAUUUUCCCAUGGGGCUACACCAGCGACCCCUGCCCGGCCUAUGUGGAACUACUGGAGGGAGGCACUGUUAUGGCUAGGGCCAUACACGGCGUAAACGGGCGUACUUACAAAGUAGGAAGCACAAAAGACAUCAUGUACUACUCCGCCGGUACCAGUGUCGACUGGAGCUACGGUGUAGCCAACAUUCCCUAUUCCUACAUGAUCGAGCUGCCCAGUAAGCAACACCGAUUCCUCCUACCCAAGGAACAGAUCAUCCCAACAGCGAAAGAAGUAUUUUGUGGACUGACUGAGUUGAUGCAGUUCGUAGACAAGAGAAAUAAAUCGACGUCGGUCUGUUGUGUUUCUUCUAAGUUAUAGCACUGGUGUUUUUUUUUUGUAGCGGAAAUAAUUGAGAGUAUAACCCAUUUUAUUGUUUGGAGUUAGAUGAUACGAAUUUGCAUAGUGAGAUUUGGAUUAAACCAAUCUGCUUUUUAGUAUUUAUUUUACUGGUAUAUAUUUUAAUCACACUGUCGGAAGUAACUCAUUCAAAAAUGCUUAUUAGUCUUAUUAAAUUAGGUUGAUUUUAUAUUUUACAUGUAGAUACAGUGAAAUAAAACUUUUGUAAAUUACGUUUAUAAUCAAUGGGCUGAACCCAGUAAUGUCGUCAGAAACGCA